AUGGAUUCGAAAAAUCAUCGCAUACGGGAUUAUAAACAUCGUGGAAAAGACGCAGAUGAAAUAAGACGUCGUCGAACUGAACUAAAUGUAUCACUGCGAAAAAAUAAACGUGAAGAAGCAAUAAAAAUCAAACGUAACUUAGUAGAUGGAAAUGGAAUGUCUGAAGAAUCAGAAGAAGAUGCAACAAAACGACGACCAAAUUUAGAUGAAAUUGCUGAAAAAGCAAAGAGUCCAGAUUUACAAGUUCGUUUCGAGGCUAUAAGAUCUGCAAGAAAAAUGUUAUCGAUUGAUCGUAAUCCUCCAAUUGAUGAUUUAAUUCGUUUUGACUUAUUACCAAAUUUAGUUGAUUGUUUAUUGUUAGAUACAUAUCCUGAUUUACAAUUUGAAGCUGCAUGGGCUCUAACGAAUAUUGCUUCAGGCAGUUCAAAGCAGACUCAAGCUGUUGUUGAUGCUAAUGCUGUACCACCUUUAUUAAGAUUAUUAAAUUCAAAACAACCAAAUGUUUGUGAACAAGCUGUUUGGGCCUUAGGAAAUAUUAUUGGAGAUGGACCGGAACUUCGUGAUUAUGCUAUUGAACUGGGUGUUGUACAGCCUCUAGUUAACUUUAUUCAACAAGAUAUACCAGUUACAUUUCUAAGAAAUGUUACGUGGGUGAUUGUUAACUUAUGCAGGCAUAAAGAACCUCCACCUCCCGUAAAAGCUGUUCAAGAUAUUUUACCGGCCUUAAAUUAUCUCAUAUCAUAUACAGAUAUCACAAUAUUAGUUGAUACAGUGUGGGCAUUAGCCUAUCUUCUCGAUGGUGGAAAUACACAAAUUCAGGUAAUGUUGAUCUAUUAUGUGGAUGAUUUGAUAUCCAGAGUACUUUUCAAUUGUGCCUUUGUUGAUUCGGGUGUAGUACCGAUGAUUGUCAAAUUAUUAGAUCAUAAUGAAGUUAAAAUUGUCACAGCUGCCCUAAGAGCUGUUGGUAACAUCGUUACGGGAACAGAUGAGCAAACACAAAUUGUAUUAAAUAAUAAUGCACUGUCCUGUUUUCCAAAAUUAUUGAAACAUCCAAAAGAUAAAUUAAAUAAAGAAGCUGUAUGGUUUUUAUCAAACAUAACGGCUGGAAAUCAACAUCAAGUACAAUGUGUUAUUGAAGCUAAUUUAAUACCUGAUGUUAUUCAUCAUCUUCAGCACGUAAGCGAGUUUCUUCUUGUCAUGAAUUUAUUUUAUUUCUAUCCGUUUAAUUUAAAUGUCUGUUAAAAUUCAGUUGUCAGAAUCUUUUAAUCAGGUUACGAAGUAAGCUUAGAUGAGAAAGGCAAAUACUUUAUCUGAAUUAGGUAAUUAUCGGUACUGGUACUUGUGUGGUACCGAAAGUACCGAAGUUUUUUCAUUAUCUAAAUCUAUUUUUGAACCCACAAGAAGCUUUUUCCACUUUAAACCGCGAAGACUCCCGUCCCUUAACCCUUUGAGUCCGGGAUUAUUUUGUCAAAAAAUAAUCCCUCAAAGUAGCGACAUUCCUGUAACUCAAGAACUAUAGUAGCUAGGGACUUCUAAUUCUGUGGGGUCAUAGCUCUUACCGAAUGCUGAUCACCCACCAACUUUGGGACUCUUUUACUGGAUAUUUCAUGAGAUAUAAG